CACUGCUGCUCCCAGAGGCAGUUAGCUCCACCACAAGGAAGAGGCAUGGGCAAAUGGCUGCCAAGGGUGGCUGAGCACUCAGAAGAAAAACCUGUGUGUCUGAGUAGUGAUUGGUUAUAGGGCGACUUGGAUGUGGAUUAAUUCUAAAGAUUUUAAGGGAUACUUGGUGAAGCAUGGUGGCUCAUGAUGAGAUUGGAGGUCUCCUGCCUAUUAAAAGGACUAUACGAGUCCUAGAUGUGAAUAAUCAGUCCUUCAGAGAACCAGAGGAGCCAAGCAAUAAAAGAGUUCGACCUCUAGCUCGGGUCACAUCCUUGGCAAAUUUAAUCUCUCCUGUAAGAAAUGGAGCAGUCAGACGUUUUGGUCAAACAAUACAGUCAUUUACCCUUCGUGGUGACAAUAGAUCUCCAGCUUCUGCCCAGAAGUGGUCUAGCAGAUCAACAGUCCCAACACCUGCUAAAAGGAGAAGUAGUGUAUUGUGGUCAGAGAUGUUAGACGUCAGCAUGAAGGAGUCUUUAACUACCAAAGAAAUUAAACGUCAGGAGGCAAUAUAUGAAAUGUCUCGAGGUGAACAGGAUUUAAUUGAGGAUCUCAAGCUUGCAAGAAAGGCCUACCAUGACCCCAUGUUAAAGUUGUCUAUUAUGUCAGAAGAGGAACUAACACAAAUAUUUGGUGAUCUGGAUGCUUAUAUACCUCUGCAUGAAGAUUUGUUGGCAAGAUUAGGAGAAGCAACCAAACCUUCUGGAACAAUAGAGCAGAUUGGUGACAUUCUUGUGAAUUGGUUGCCAGGCUUGAAUGCCUACAAAGGCUAUUGUAGUAACCAGCUGGCAGCCAAAGCUCUUCUUGAUCAAAAGAAACAAGAUCCAAGAGUCCAGGACUUUCUCCAGCGAUGUCUUGAGUCUCCCUUCAGUCGAAAACUAGAUCUUUGGAGCUUCCUAGAUAUUCCUCGAAGUCGCCUAGUCAAAUACCCUUUACUGUUAAAAGAAAUUCUUAGACAUACUCCAAAAGACCACCCUGAUGUUCAGCUUCUGGAAGAAGCUGUACUGAUAAUACAAGGCGUUCUCUCUGAUAUCAACUUGAAGAAAGGCGAAUCAGAAUGCCAAUAUUACAUUGACAAACUGGAAUAUCUGGAUGAAAAGCAGAAGGAUCCUAGAAUUGAGGCAAGCAAAGUAUUGCUUUGUCACGGGGAACUGAAGAACAAAAAUGGACAUAAACUUUACAUUUUCCUGUUUCAAGACAUCUUGGUUUUGACCCGGCCUGUUACACGAAAUGACCGUCACUCUUACCAGGUUUACCGGCAGCCUAUCCCAGUCCAAGAGCUGGUCUUAGAAGACCUACAGGACGGAGAUGUGAGAAUGGGAGGAUCCUUUCGAGGGGCUUUCAGCAACUCAGAUAAAGCUAAAAAUAUCUUUAGAGUUCGCUUCCAAGAUCCCUCUCCGGGCCAGUCACACACUCUACAAGCAAAUGAUGUGUUCCACAAACAGCAGUGGUUCAAUUGUAUUCGCACUGCUAUUGCCCCUUUCCAGCAGGCUACUAGUUCACCUGAGCUGCAAGGUUUGCCAGAGCUCCAUGAGGAGUAUGAAGAGAACAACCCCGCCGCCGGGAACAUCAGAGCCCAGAGAAGGUCAUCUACGGUGUCGAGUGUGACUCAGGUGGAAGUUGAUGGAGAUACUUCAGAAUGUGGCUCCCCGGUGCACACCGCAGACAACAUUAAGAGUGUCAAAGCACACCGAACACAAUCUGGCUUCCGAAAAUCAAGGGACAAAGCCCACUUUAGUGGCAAACGGAAAGAGACUUUGGUAUAAAGAGUGUUAACUAGUGGAGAAACUGUUUAUUUAUAAAUGUGUACAGUUUGUUUUAUCUUGUAAUGUGAGCAUGGGAGCAUUGCAGGGUUACUUAAUACCAGUCUUAACAUUUUCUAUGUUUUUGGUUGGUUUUGGUGGUUGUUCCCUUUUUUUUUGUUUGUUUUAUUUUUUGUUUUUUUUUUUGUUAAGGCAGCUAAAGAUAUAUAUAUAUAUAUAUACACAGAUUGCUGUUAAACUGCAAUCCUUUUUUCCCCCCAGAUAUUUUCUCAAGAUUAUUGAGAACAUUCAAGCCUGAUAUUUUCAGUCAAAUGAAAUAUUUAUGAAAUGGGUUUUCUCUUCAUUCUGCAUUCAUCAUGACUUUUCAAUACUAACCAAUUGUGGAAUUUGCAGCAUUUGCCAAAACUUAAAAUUUUGCAAAUACUUGGAUUUUACCAGUGUUAUUUUGAUAAGCUUUGUGUGCAGAAUUUGAAUUUUUAACUUUGGCAUCUAAAGUUUACAUGGAAUACAUGUAAUAUUUCAGAAUUUACAUUGAAACAUAAGUUCCUUGGAAAACAAACCAUAAAACGUAAUAGGUUUUCCAUUUUAUCAACUGGAAUGCUUUUUCCACUACACAUUCCUCAUUUUCGUUCAUUUAACCUGCCAAUUAUUUAAUUUUUUUAUUGUAGUUUUUAGGAUUUGGUUUUAUUUUUUUACUUUGAUGCCUUUCAGAUUGGCAUGUCUUUAAAGUAUUUUGUUUCCUUGAUUUAAAAAUGUGUUUGUGUGCGUAUGUGUAUAUAUAUAAAUAUAUAUAUUUUAAAUCAUAUUAACUUUACCAAGUGAAACCAAGCCAUACUGUUUUUGAGCCAAUUAAGAAAAUUGCCAUUUUUAAAGUGUAGCAUUUUGAGGCGAUGAACACACAUGAACUGACAGUAUAUUCUAGAUUACUGAAAGAAAAACCACCUUAUGAAUUUUGUUGAAAGUUUUAGUGUUGUCUGAGAAGCAAGAGGGAAGGCAGUUGACUGGUAAUAAGUAUUAAAAAAAAAUGAGGGAAAAGAGAGUAGUUUUGUCUUAAAGGAAAACUAUCUGGUUGUGCCAGAAUGUGAAAGGAGAUAGUAAAAGCUAAACUUGAGGGUGUGUAGUAAGUUGUAGAAGGCAUGGGGGAAGUGGACUUUAUUUGCCUUGGUUUAUAAUGCCUGCAAAUAAUGGGUUUGAAAAGACAAUGGAAUAUGUUGAAAUUUUGACCAUAUUAGAUCAAUUUUGGUGAAUUUAUUCAUAAGAGGAGGGGAAAAGACUGAUUAAUCUUUUAUUAUAAAGUGUUCCUGUUCAAAUGAGAUCCUAGUCUAUAAUUGCGGACUAAACGUCCUGUGUCAUGACAAAUUUAUAAGGGUUAUCAAUUAAAGUAAAUGUUGAUUGGUAUGUCAACUAUAAUUGGCCAGGGGAAGUGAAAAUUGAAAAAGACUGUAUAUAGAUCAAUCCAAAUGAUUUCUCUGUAUAAAUGAAUUAUACAAUUAAAAAAAGCACACAAACAAUCACC